UUUGGCCAGUAAAGCGAACAUCAUCAUCGACCCGGCAGAGAUUCAGAGCACGUCUAUGGACGACCUGGACGAGGACGAGGAGAGCGGAGCGGCUCAGAGGCCGUUUGGCGCAGCAGCGAUGGGGGGGGGCGCUGGCUCGGCCCAGCUGGUUGAGCUCUCCCACUCUGGGCCGAGCCAACCGCUUCCUGAGCACGGCGGCCGUCAGUCUCAUGACCCCCAGACGACCUCUGACCCAACCGGAGAAGGUGAAGGUCCGAACGCUCGCUGUGGAGCAGAGGACCGAGGACGACAUCGAGGGUAGCCAUGGCAACGACGGCCUGUUGCUGGGGCGACCGCUGGAAGAGCCGGACCGGCCGGUGGCCGAUAAGUCUCUGCUGGAGAUCGUUGACGGGAUCGUGAUGAUGUACAACCUGAGUGUCCAUCAGCAGCUGGGGAAGAUGGUCGUAGUCUCUGAUGACGUGCAUGAGUACGCUGUAGCGCUGAAGGAUACGGAGGAGAAGAUUUCUCGCUGCCCGUCCAGAAGAGCAGACAUCCUGGAUGAGCUCCAGAAGAGUCAGAAGGUUUUUGCAGAGAAGUUGAAUCAUCUGAGCAGAAGACUGGCCUGGAUCAACGCUACCAUCUACUCCAAGGAGAAGAUGCUGGAUGUGUACUGGCUGCUGUGUGUGUGUAUCCGGACCAUCGAACACGCUGAUAACACCGGCUCGCUGUUCGCCUUCGCUCCUGAGUUCUACCUCAACGUGGCGAUGAACGCUUACAGCGCUCUGAAGAACUACUUCAGCCCCGCUAACAGCAUGGAGGAGCUGCCAGGUUACGAAGAAACGUUGACUCAGCUCGCUGCGAUCCUCGCUAAACACUUCGCUGAUCCACGAAUAGUCGGAACAGACAUCAAAGACUCUCUGAUGCAGGCGCUGGCCAGCUACGUCUGUUACCCACAAUCCCUGCGGGCGGUGGAGCGGAUCCCCGAGGACCAGCGCGUCGCCAUGAUGAGGAACCUGCUCGCUCCGUAUGAACAGAGACCCUGGGCCCAAACCAACUGGAUCCUGGUCCGACUGUGGAGGGGUUGUGGGUUCGGCUACAGAUACACUCGUCUGCCUCAUCUGCUCAAAACCAAACCUGAGGAUGCAAACCUGCCCAGUCUGCAGAAGCCGUGUCCGUCGCUGCUGCUGCAGAGACACAUGGCCGAGCUGCUGAGCAUCGAUAAAGACAUGGCCGCCUCCUUCCUCAACAGCGUCCUCAACCAACUCAACUGGGCUUUCUCUGAGUUCAUCGGUAUGAUCCAAGAGAUCCAGCAGGCAGCGGAGCGUCCAGAGAGGAACUUUGUUGACACUCGCCAGCUGAAGGUGUGUGCCACCUGCUUCGACCUGUCCGUCAGCCUGCUUCGGGUUCUGGAGAUGACCGUAACGCUCGUUCCAGAGAUCUUCCUCGAUUGGUCGAGACCGUCUGCAGAGCUGCUGCUCAGACGUCUGGCUCAGCUGCUGAACCAGGUGUUAAACAGAGUGACAGCUGAGAAGAACCUGUUUGAUAGAGUGGUGAACCUGAGACUGCCAGGUCUGGAGAGUGUGGAUCAUUACCCGAUCCUCGUGGCUGUAACCGGCAUCCUGGUCCGGAUCCUGGUGGACGGAGACAGACAAGGGAUUUCUCGCGCUGCAUCCGUCCUGCUGUCUGAUCCCUGCUUCCAGCUUCACUCCAUCCAGCACCUGUUGGGGGAGGGGGAGUCGUCCAGCUCUGCAGCCAUGCUCACCUCGCCCCCCCGUCCAGUCGUUGGGUCUCUGGGAUCGACCGUGACUCCUCCGAUCGCCUCGGCACCCGGAGCCGCCGGAGCCGCAGAACGCAAACACUUCUCUCUGCACUCAUACACCGACUACAUCAGCGAGGAGGAGAAGCAGAAGGUUGAGCUCAUGUUGGCGUUUGAGCUCAUGUUGGCGUUUCUGACUGAAGAGUCCAAACAGGCAGCAGCCAGCACAGCUCCAACCAGUGAGGAGGACCUCUGCCCGAUCUGCUACGCUCACUCCAUCUCUGCCAUCUUCAAGCCCUGCUCACACAAGUCCUGCAAAGCCUGUAUCAACCAGCACCUGAUGAACAACAAGGACUGUUUCUUCUGUAAAGCCACCAUCACCGGGGUCGAAGACUACAGCAAGCCGGCCAGCUCCUAACACACCACUGCAGGACACACACACACACACACACACACACACACACACACACACACACAGGCAGCCCUUCAAACAUCAGACCACAUAUCAGA